AUGCAUUUCCUCUCUACAAUCGCCUUUCUGGCCAGUGCUACCAUGACGCACGCUAUGGUCUGCACCACCGGCGUCACUUUAUCCCCAAACUCCACGAGCGACGCCAACCCGCUCUUCCUGGUUGACUCUACUGGCCAUGUGUUCCACAAAUACGCCAGCAACAUUGGUAAUGCCACGGAGGCGCAAAUGGUUGCUAUCGAGUACCUCUCCGCUUACGACACCGACACGGAGGGCAACUUGUGGAUCGUCAAUAAUCUGACCUACGGUGUGGCACAGCUGACAGCGGACUACCGGGAUUACUUUGGUGUGGACCUGGACAUGUCUCCGAGUGACAAUGCCUACACGCUGGAUGAAGAUCGCUUCCAAAGUUUGCUCAGCACUGUUCGGGAGGACUACAGCCUCCAGACCGAGGCUCAGCAGUGGGCUGCUGAGUCCAAGGCGACUCAUCGUGCCCUGCAAGAGGGUAGUCUGGUCUCUCGCUCGCUGUUAGAGUCGCGAUUCACCCGCAAGCCCCAGGGCGAUGUCAUCAAUACUGUACAUGACCAACGGUCUGGUACAGGCCAGCCAUUGAAUAUGGCCCUGUUCAAUAUGCAGCAGUUGUCACUCUUCAUGUUCGAUAUAGCGGUACACAACCCUGAGCCCCACGAAGCUAUUCAAGAGAUGGAUACCUUUGAGGUUCUUGACUUUAUAUUCGACUGA